UGUAAGUCACGUGAUGUGGAGGAAGUUUCCUUGUUUACAGGCGUGUGACUGAGCUGCUUCGGACCCAUUCAAGGAUGUUGUGCAGUCAUGGCCUUUAUGAAGACUAAAGAGCGAACGAAAGAAAGAUUUUCUCUCUUGUUACUGGAUUUGGAAGAGUAUUAUUUUGAGCAGCACACAGCAUAUGAUGUGUCAAGAAGCUCAGCUAAGAAGAGAAGAAUCCGUGGGUCAUUCAAGGUCUGUUCCAGAUCGGUCAUUUUCAACCCAGAAGAUUUUACAGAACCAAUUUUAAAGAUUCCACUGCGGGACUGUAAAGAGAUUGAAUUUGUGGAAAAAGAGACCAACCCGUUCAAUGAACCCAAACCAUCCUCCAUUUCAAUUCACUGUGAGCAGGUUAUUUAUAUCAAAGAAAACUGCAUCAUUUCACCUUACAGAAACGAGAGAGGCACGAAGACUGUGAACUUUCAGCUGGAAGUGUGGCGUAAAACCGAGGAUGUCGUUCAAACUUUACAUCAACUGCAUAGAGCAUCCUGUCUGGAAAAGCUCGGUGAUCAGACGGCCAUGAUUACAGCCAAUCUUCAAUCCCGAUUGGCAAGGACAUCGUUUGACAAGUUCUGCUUUCAGAGUGUCGCAGAGAAGCCUCACAUGGAGUGUGCGGUGGAGAUGGUCCUACCUCUGGUAUCCAAUCCUGGCCACGUCUGCGUUACAAAUGAGAAUCUCUACUUCCAGCCUCUCAAUGGAUACCCGGAGCAGGUCAUUCAGAUCAAACUGCAUCAAGUCAGGCGGAUCUACAAAAGACGACAUGGUCUCAGACCCUUGGGGCUGGAAGUGUUCUGUUCUGAAAACGACUUCUGCUCCGACAUCUAUCUCAAGUUUUACAACGCGGCGGACAGAGAUGAAAUUUAUUACUUUAUUGCCACUUUCUUGGAGAAUCACAUGACGGAGCACACAGCAGAGAGUUACAUGCUGCAAUGGCAGCGCGGGCACCUGAGUAACUACCAGUAUCUCCUCCACCUCAACAACCUGGCUGACCGAAGCUGCAACGACCUUUCCCAGUAUCCUGUUUUCCCUUGGGUCAUUGCUGACUACACCAGUACACAACUGGAUUUGACCAAUGCAGCCACAUUCAGGGACCUCAGCAAACCGGUUGGAGCGUUAAACCAAGAGCGCUUGGAACGGCUGUUGCGUCGUUUCCGAGGCAUGCCCGAGCCUCGCUUCCUGUACGGCAGCCACUACUCGUCUCCCGGCUACGUCCUUUUCUACCUGGUCAGAGUAGCUCCAGAACACAUGUUGUGUCUGCAGAACGGCCGCUUUGACCACGCAGAUCGCAUGUUUAACAGCAUCGGUGAAACGUGGAAAAAUUGCUUAGAGGGAGCGACGGACUUUAAAGAGUUAAUUCCAGAGUUUUAUGGGAAUGACGCCAGUUUCUUAGAAAAUCACCUGCAUCUUGAGCUGGGCCGACGGCAGAACGGAAGCUUUGUCGGCGAUGUCCACCUCCCACCCUGGGCCUCGGAUGCAAGGGAUUUCCUGCAGAAGCAUAAAAUGGCGCUAGAGAGUCAGUAUGUGUCGGAGCACCUGCACGAGUGGAUCGAUUUGGUGUUUGGUUUCAAGCAGAGAGGAAGUGAAGCAGUCCAGGCCCAUAACGUCUUUCACCCAUUGACCUAUGAAGGCGGCAUCGACUGUGACAGUAUUGAAGACCCUAACCAAAGGGUGGCCAUGCUGACACAAAUACUUGAGUUCGGUCAGACGCCCACGCAACUCUUCACCACUCCUCAUCCUCAGAGGAUCACGGCAAGGUCGCGGAACAUCACCAGGAGCUCCAGCCUCACAUCACCCAUCAGCGAACUGACCCCAGGCUCUCUGAAUGAAGACUCCUCCUUUGAGGACUUAACAGAGGAGAGCCGGAAGCUGACGUGGUCCAACAUGAGCCGUCUGACACCAGCUUCCAGACACAAGAUCCAUAAAGAGGCAGUGACGGCCAUCACCGUGACCCGAGAUGGAGCUUCUGUUUUCAGCACAUCUCAAGACUCAACACUUAAAAUGUUCUCCAAAGAAUUGAAGGACUUUCAGAGGAGCAUGUCUUUCUCCAAUAUGGCCUUGUCAUCAUGUCUGAUGCUAGCAGAUGGUCAAAUUGUGGUGUGUUCCUCAUGGGACAAUAACGUAUAUUUCUAUUCCAUCCCAUACGGGAGGAGACAGGACACAUUGAUGGGUCAUGACGACGCUGUCACUAAAGUGCUUUGGUCCAACGACAAGCUCUACACGGCCUCUUGGGAUUCGACUGUAAAGGUGUGGCAGUGUGAGCCGCAUGUUUUGUGCGGACACAAGAGAUCACAGUUUGAGCUGCUGGCUGAGUUGGAACAUGAUGCUGGGGUGAAUGCUAUUGAAUUGAAUCCUUCGGGGACUCUUCUGGUGUCAGGAUGCAAAGAUGGGGUCGUCACUAUUUGGGACACGGAUACCUACGGAACAUUGCAGCAAGUCGACUGCCAUGCUGCCACCGUCCACUCUUUGUCUUUCAGUCCGGACAGUCGACAUGUCCUCAGCAUCGGCGCCGACUCCUUCAUGAAAGUGACUGACGUUCAGACGGGGAUGGUGAUCUCGUCUGUGAAAUCGGAGGAGGAGCUCAGGUGUUUCUGCUGGGAUGGAAACUCAGUGUUGUGCGGGGGGCAGUCAGGUGACCUCCUGCUGUGGGACUUGAUGAGCAACACCGUCACCUCCAGGAUCUCAGCACAUUCAGGUGCAGUCACGGCCAUGUGGAUGAAUGAACUGUGUGGCACAGUGAUCACAGGCGGAGAGGAUAGAGAAAUCAUCUACUGGAAACUGCGCAAUUAGAAUGCAGACCACAUAGAACUUUUGUUUUUUCCCGGAAAAAUAAAGCCAUCCAUGCAACGCAAUAGGAAAGCGUCAAAAGCUUCGCCGAAUAUUCAGCAAAUCAUAAGAAACACAACAGGUCCGUGUUGGUGCAUUGCUAUAUUGAGAGAAAAUUGCAGUUUUGUUUAUGAUAACAAGAAGCUGCUAAUGCUUUCGUAAGGAAUUUUUUUAAAAAACAUUUUAGCUCUGUAUUGUGAACAGCAAUACACAGAUGUGAUGCUUGUGUGCUGCUCAGAUUUGGAAAAAGUGAUAAGAAAACAAACUUUGAUCGUCUCUUUCAGUGUCUUGACAACCAAGUCAUACAUGUUGAAAAAUACACAUUGCAAAACGUGCAAUAAUUGAUCAGUUGAAAGCAGAGUCCACAAUGAAUCAGGUUGCAGUAGAACGGGUCUCACUCUUUCUGUGAAGCCAAAAACAAGUUACUGCAUUAGAACUCAAAAAUCGUCACAUGCUUUGACACUCAUGACCAAGCACCAUUUUAUAAUAUAAAAAAAAAAAACAAUUGAGUGACUUUACCGAGAGUUUGCGGAAGUUGGCAAACGCUUUCAUGAUUUUUGGUGUUGGUGGUUUGGGGCGAAAGCCAGCCAGACCUUUUGGCUUUUCCUCAUCUUUAGCACCUGCAGGUUGUUUGGCCUUGGUCAAUUUCCUAUGGGUCAAUAAACAUAAAAAUAUUUAAGCAGUAAAUAAAAAUAAAAGAC